UAUCAAAAUGCUCAACGGCACUUGCACUGAUACCACCAUAUUUUAGAAUUCUCUCUCCAAACGCCUCCACUUCUCCAUCUCAUCCACUUACUCAGCAAGAUGGAGAUCAUUGAUGACAAUACAGUAGUCAGAGCAAGGGGGUUACCCUGGCAGUCAUCUGACCAAGAUAUUGCUCGAUUCUUCAGGGGUCUGAACAUAACCAAGGGUGGUGUCGCAUUGUGCCUAAAUUCACAGGGAAGACGAAAUGGAGAAGCUCUUGUAAGAUUCAUUAACGGUGAACACAGAGACCUGGCCCUGCAAAGACACAAGCAUCAUAUGGGAAACAGAUAUAUUGAGGUAUACAAGGCAACAGGGGAAGAUUUUCUGAAAAUUGCAGGAGGUACCUCCAAUGAAGUCGCACAGUUCUUAUCGAAAGAAAAUCAGGUUAUUAUUCGUAUGCGUGGUCUUCCAUUCACAGCCACAGCAGAAGAAGUCUUGACAUUUUUCGGAUCAAACUGCCCAAUAACAGGUGGUAAAGAGGGAAUCCUUUUCGUCAAAUAUCCUGAUGAGAGACCAACGGGUGAUGCUUUUGUAUUGUUUGCCUGUGAGGAGUAUGCCCAAAAUGCUCUCAAGAAACACAAGGAUAUCUUGGGCAAGCGGUACAUUGAACUGUUCAGGAGUACAGCAGCUGAAGUACAACAGGUCUUUAACAGGUAUACUUCCACUCCUCUCAUGCCCAUACCUACUGCUCCAAUCAUUCCUAUGAUCCCCCAGCCAUUUGUGCCAUCUACUAAUCUGCGUGACUGUAUUCGUCUGCGAGGCUUACCUUACACGGCUACUAUUGAGGACAUUCUACAGUUCCUGGGUGAAUUUACUUCUGAUAUACGACCUCAUGGAGUGCACAUGGUGUUAAAUCAGCAGGGUCGUCCUUCAGGUGAUGCCUUUAUCCAAAUGAAAUCGUCAGAGCGAGCAUUCCUGACUUCUCAGAAGUGUCACAAAAGAACGAUGAAGGACAGAUAUAUUGAAGUAUUCCAGUGUUCAGCUGAGGAAAUGAACUUUGUGUUAAUGGGUGGCAUUUUAAGUCGAAAUGGGUUGUCCCCACCGCCACGCUUAUCGCCGUCAACAUACAAUGCAUUUACAACACAGGCAACUGCUAUUUCAGCUGAAUCUGCAGCUCUCUAUCAGCAACCUAUGUUCAUCAGUCCACGAACUCUUCCACCUUCUACAGCAUUCUACCCAGCUGGUGCCCAGUUCUAUGUGAACUGUUCUGCAUUCUAUCCAAGUCCUCCUGGUUCCCCAACCAACAUUGGCUAUUUCCCAUCACCUGCUGCCACCUUGCCAACCCAGCAUGGCACCAUCGUCAGGAUGCAAGGACUAGCUUACAACACUGGAGUCAAGGAAAUCCUUAAUUUCUUCCAGGGCUAUCAGGUUAGUAGCUUCAUGAAAAAAAAAAUUAGAUCAGUGUGUAUAUUUAAGACUGAGAUAGGUAGAUUCUUAAUCAGUAGGGGAAUCAAGACUUAAAGGAAAAGGGCAGACAAGUAGCCUUGAGGAGUGCUGGAUCAGCCAUGAUCCUAUUGAAUGAUGGAACAGGCUCCAAGGGGCCAAAUGGCAUACUGCUGUUCCUAUUUUUUA